AGGGUAAUUGUUUCCAUAUAUAGCUCAUGAAAUGACAGGAAUAUCGAGGAAUAUCAAUGGGUUUGGUACAGCGUAUAUGACGUAGUAUAUUAAGGCUAGUUCACGAAAACAACGUAGUAGAUGCGCGAAGCGCUGGAAUCAAUGGACAUUUUUGCAUAGUAAAACCAAUCAAUGAAACGGCUUCAUCCGUUCAUGGACAACACCCACGUAAUCUGGGUCGCUUAAAAUAGAAAGAAUGUUACGAUUUCCUAUAAUAGCGAAUAGAAGAACUGUUUGUUAUUUUAUCUCAGACUGAAAGUAAGACAUACGGGAUACAAAGUGUUUGCACGGUAUACUUUAAAAAUAUCAUCUGUAGAGAUAGAAGGACUAUUUAUUACCAGACCUUUUGGAACAAAGUUAUAUUGAAACCCGUUAAACUAUCUAGUUUCUAGUUCGUCUAGUUACCGUCUGCUCAUUUGUGAAAAGAUUCAGCGCGCAUUGAUGCGUGGGACCAGCUGAUCGAUACAGUGCAGAAAACCAGUUGUGUGUUUGCAGAAAGCAGUUGUGUGUUUGUGGUGAAAUGACAGUGGACGAUUAGCAGCCGACGUGAAAGGACGUAAACAUAUUGUAACUUUCGUAAGCUUUCUAAAAUUUUGAAAUUUUGUUCCUGAAAGCAUUUUAAUUAUGGCUACACAGGACUGUUCCAAUAGCGGACGGUAUCAAGUAUUGUGUUACGAACAAGUUGAAAAACUUCACAAAGUAAUGGAAGAUUCUAUUCCAAUUCAUGGCCGAGGGAAUUUUCCGACUUUGGACGUGACACUCAAGGAUUUAGUGCAAGUGGUCAAGGAAAAGUUACUGGCAGAAGGGGUGAGUGUAAGAGAUAUUCGUUUGAACGGAGGGGCGGCUAGCUUUAUUCUUGGGAACGGGAGCGAAAAUGUUCAACCGUAUAACGACUUGGAUUUGAUUUUCGGCGUUGAUUUGCGGAGCCAUCAUGAGUUACUGAAAAUUAAGAAUUGUGUUCUGAAUUGUCUCUUGGACUUUUUGCCUGAAGGGGUCAACCGUGACAAAAUGUCCAGUUGCAGUUUGAAGGAGGCCUAUGUCCAGAAAAUGGUGAAGGUAUGCAAUGAGCAUGGGGAUCGGUGGUCCCUGAUUUCAUUGUCCAAUAACAAGGGGAAAAACGUAGAGUUGAAAUUUGUUGAUAAGGUUAAAAGGCAGUAUGAAUUUAGCGUUGACUCUUUCCAAAUCAUUCUUGAUAGUUUAUUGAAGUUCUAUGACAUUUCUGAGCCCAACACCCCAAUUAGUGAAAACCUGUACCCAACCAUUGUAGCCGAAAGUGUUUAUGGUGACUUUACAGAAGCCUGGAUGCAUUUGAAUAACAAGCUGAUUGCUACAAGGAAUCCGGAAGAAAUACGUGGCGGCGGUUUGCUGAAGUAUUGUAAUUUGCUGACCCGAGGAUUUCAGGCCGCACAGACAAUGGACGUUUGUCAAACGGAACGAUACAUGUGCUCCAGAUUUUUCAUUGAUUUUAGCGAUGUGAUGCAGCAGCAACAGAAGUUGGAAGCGUACCUGAACAAUCAUUUCAGUGACGAAGAAGGACUUAAGCAUGAGUACCUCAACAUGCUGUAUCGCGUGGUUAAUGAAAGCACCAUUUGCCUUAUGGGUCACGAGCGCAGGCAGACUCUUAAUCUUAUCCAGCAGUUAGGGUGCCAGGUUUUGUUUGAGCAAGAACAAAAGGCGCACACAAAAUACCUAGAGAUGCAACAGUUCGACCAACUGAACGGUUUGACAAUCGACCAAGUCUUCUAUGGCCCCAUGGAUUUGAAUUUCAAUGGACAGUUCUACUACAGCAAUAAUUAUUCUCAGGUGUACAUAAAUGGUCAGUGUCCUCUUUGCCCGCCGUAUUUGCCAUGUUCAUGAUCAGCGAGUAUGAAGAGGCAAAACACUUAAUGGAAACAUUAACUGUGCUACUGCUCAUUACAAAAAUCUGUUCGUUUUUUGGAAUGACAGCAUUGUCAUGACAUGAUCUUGUCAUGCAGCAGUCUUUUGAUCUGGACGUCAUGAUAUUUGUGAUACCAAGAGUAACAGAUCUCCAGCUAGGAGUUUAACAGUGUAUAUUAAAACUACAUGUAAUUACUAAAAUUUCACAUGCAUUCACGAAUUAAACCUUUGAAGUCAAAGAAGACUUUGAAAAAAAAAAUGUGUUCAAAUAUUUUGUGUGGCUUGUUGAAAUGACUUUAUUUACUGGUGUUGUUAUUGUGCAAAAGUUAUGUGUACAUUGUUGUGUUUUUCUUCUGUUAGCAUUUAACCAUCCAGUGCCAGUUUACAUCUUAGUUGAGAGAUGUUGUUUAUUUCUACCAUGGAUGCUGGUUUCCAGACCAAAAAUGGCAUGCCAUUGUUGACAGUGAGUUGUUAAAUGUCAUUUAAAUACUUUGGUUAUAAUAAGGACAUUAUAUAAUAAAGAUCAAUUUAUAUGUUUAAAGCUGUUUGGUACCAUUAAGUAGCUGUGGCUUUAAAUAAAUGUGGUAUAUUUGUUAAUCUUAAGCUGCAUGACCUUAUUAUGAGGGCAUAAUUAUGAGAAUAGAUUACAAAUGUUGGAAUUUUUGCCAAGAGAUCAGCUCAUUUAUUUCAUUGGUGCAUUUUAUUGGUUAAAGCGCCUUUAAACGCACAAUACUGCAUGAAAAGGGCGCUAUAUAAAUGUGGAAUUAUUAUGCCCACCCUUGUAUUAAUUAUCAUUAAUGAUUUGUUAUUUGGUUUAAGGGUUACCAAAUUAUUGAGCAAUAAUGUACAUGUAAAAACAGAUCAGGUUGAACUGUUCUGAACUUAACCUUAAAUCAGAGGUAUAACAACAACAAAUAAAUUGUUAAUUAAUUUGUCUAGAUUGAAUUACUUAAAUUUUAUGCUCUCAUUUUAUAAAAUAAAAAAGAUAUAGUUGUUUUUAAGUCUUACCCAUACAAGACUGACUAUCAGUUGCAGUUUUUGGCUUGUUUUUGUUACGUUAAAGGUUUUAUUAGUUUAUUUUUCAAAAUGUAUAUUUAUCAGUUAAAAUUAAUUUGUGCUCUUUUUUUUCUUUUGUAUAUAUUUUUUUCUGGUUCAUGUUUUUGCAAACUUCAUAUACAAUAUUAUAUACAUAUGAUGCUUUUAGUAAAAGGCUCUUUGAAUUCUUUAUAUGAUCAAACUUGUUGAAAGUUUCUCUUUUAAGUACAUUAAAAUUGCUUACAAAAACGUUUUGUUAAUAUGCAUUUUUCAUUUGUAGUAACCGUUAUUACUGUGAUUUCAGUACCUAGAUGGGGCACAGGUUUUCUUUCAUUCAAUACACACAGGCCUGAUUUUUUGUUUGAAAAUGUAAAAAAUGAAGAAAAAAUUCACAUGAUAAUGAACCGUCAUGAAACUAUCCACUUGACGCUCUUCCAAUCGUGAUUCGUUUGUGUCCAUUACAUGCUGGCUGUAAGGUCAUUGAUAUUCAGAUCAGACAUGUCAAAUAAAUGACUGUCAUCUGUCAAAAUGUUUGUUACACACCUUGUAUGUUUCUGGACUUGUCCAUCCUCCAUACUUUAUAGACUUUGUUUAACGAUUAUUUACCUUAAAUGCAACAGUUAGCUAUUGCUUGCGGCAAGCAAACAGCGAUAAUCAACGUUAAAAUGUUCAACCUUAUAUGAUUUGGUUUCCAAAAUGCUUUGUAUUAUACAUGUAGGAAUCUUUGUGUUUUACACAUGAUUUAGACGGUUUGUUCCCUUGCCUUAUCAAAUGGUGGUACAUGUAGUUAUCCAACCGCAUAUACAUAUAAUAUUGAUAACAACUGCAUUGUGACCGCCUGUGUUUGUAAGACAAGAGUUUCAACUGUUGACAGUUUUAAUAAAUUAAAUAAAAGGGUUCUUGCAAGCUAUCAGGGUUUUACAAACCACCAGUAAAUUUUUGUGAUACAAACAACAAAUUUGUUAUCUUUCAACUUUCUGUGAACACUUAAUUUAGUUAUCUUUUAUGCUAUUUUAAACUUCCAUCCAUCUAAUGGAGAGUGACCCAGUCAUGAGCUACAAUUAAAAUACGGAACAUGUGUUUUGUAACAUAUUCUUUAGAAGGCCAGAUGCCCAGUUCAGUAUGCAUAGAGUGAUAACGGCACCAAGGCUACUGCUUGACUGAAUUACUUAGCAAUUAGGAUAAUACAGGAGAUAAUUCCCUGAUAGGCGGCUUGUAACUGGUCCUGUUUACACUGGCUACCAUCUCACAUCUCAAUCUCUGGUUUUGUUGAGCGACUGUGGCAUUUAGGCUGCUAUUUACACACUCUGAGAUCUGUUGGCUAGGCAUAAGGAGAGAUCUUAUAUAAUGUUGUGAGUUAUUCUAAAUGCCAGAGUGUUUUUUACACAAAAAGAGAGCAAUCCAAGUUGCUUUUUGUCUGCAUAAUUUCUUGUUAUUAAAGAAAAGCAAUUGUUAUGGAAUAUUCAAGCCACUCUCUUAAACAUGAUAUUAUGCAAAUAAUUUGUAGAAGAACGUGUGUUUCAUGUCCUUAAAUCUUUCAAAGUAUCGGAUCUGAAGAUAAUUUACUGUCUUGAAAGUUUAAGCAGUAUAAAAUUACAUGUAUCUGAACUAUACACAUUUCCUUUAGUAUACAAUGUAUUUUCCUGGAACACUAUGGGUUGCAAACAACCUUUUGAAAUCUUCUGUUAGGUCUGUGUUUUUUGGGGUAUUUGAAGAGGUGUGCCUUAUAUAGCCACUACAUGUACAUGUGAGCAUAUCACUUUAAAUAAAAUUAACAACAAUGCUUUCAAAUAGAUUCAGAUAACCGUUGGCCCAUUUCAAACUGAGCAUACUGAUAAAGCAUACAAAGUGCUGAUAAUUGCAAACUAGGAUAACUUUUUUGUUGUUUUUUUCCUUUACUAUUAUUGGAUCAAAAAAUCAAAUUUGACAUUUAUGAUCAACGACAGAACAAAUGAUUUUAUCUUCUGGAUCUUAUUUUCUGAAUUCGGCAAAGCAAAUACACAGUCCUGCAUAUAAUUGUUCAGUAGAUUUUGUGAACACAUUUUGUGUGUGUCAGACUUUGUCCUAAGUAUUGAUAAUUAGUUUAUAAUGCCCCCUGGUUUCUUAUCAUCCAAUAAAACUUUAUAGCAAUUCUGCUAUUUUAUUGAAAUGGUUAUGAAAGAACAAAACAUGAUAGAGAGCAGCACAAGUUAUUCAUUUUGUACUGAUUCAGUCAAAAACUAUGACAUUGGGAGGUUAAGCCUCUUUGAAUUUAACCCAUUUAUGCCUGCCCUAGAAGACUCCCAACCUUCUAAAUUGGAUCAAUUUAUUGCCAAAAUUAGGUAUGUCUAGUAUAUUUUUUUUAUAUAUUUAGAAUAUUUAUUACAGAAAUUCAUUUAAGCAAAGAGCGCAGACCCUGAUGGGACGCCGCAUCAUGUGGCGUCUCAUCUGGGUCUAUGCUGCUUGCCAAGGCCUUUUUCUAGAUGCUAGGCAUAAUUGGGUUAUAUGAAAAAGUUCAACAAACUUUGAAAUAAACAUGAAGGCAGUUACGGGUGGCACCAAUAUAAUUAAUGCAUUUGAUUUUGUAGGCCACCAUUCAGUAAUAAAUAAUAAGAGUUAAACUUGAUUAAAGACUUGUUCACAGAUUGGUGAAUUACUUUUUUAUGCCCCUGGUAGGGUGGCAUAUAGCAGUCGCACUGUUCGUCCGUAUGUCUGUCCGUCACACUUUUGCGUUUAGGUUUAAAAAAAUGAUCAUAACUUCUACAUCCCUUCAGAUGUAACCCUCAUAUUUGGUAUGCAUGUGUAUAUGGACAAGGACUUUCCAUACACACACAAGUUUUGACCCCGUUGGCCUUGACCUUGUUCAUAUAAUAAUGACAGAAAAUAUAAAUAGAACAGUGUAUACAAGAAAGCAAAAUAAAAACAUAAACCUUUAUGGUGUUGUGCAUAUAUGAGUUAUAAUUGUUUGAAAAUUAUAAAAUGAAAUCUUGGUUUGUCUUAACUUAGAAAAUGAAAAGUUGUUAAGUUAAAUGUUUGCUUAGACCCACACAAGGUUACAGGAUUUUAUUAUUUGUUACUUGUUUAGAGUUAUCGUAUUGUAGAAUUGUCUUAACAUUGGUUUGAACUUGAGACUUUUGUAGUAAUAUUGAGUGAUUAUUUUUAAAGGACUUGUUUACAGCUAUUUUAAUUUACAUGAAGCAACAAAUUAAAAUUGAUUUGGCAUUGACACUUUAGUAGAAGUGUGAAAGGGUCCCUUGUGAUAAUUUCAUACAUACGUGUACAAUAGAAGUUUAUUGAGUCCCACAUCAUUUAACUGAGUUAGUUGUUAUAUAACAAAUUCUUGGCCAGUAUAUUAAUAAUUUAGCUAAUUGCUAUUUUUAAUGAUCCAAAAUGUGUUAAAAUCACAUGUUAUAGAAGCCAUAUUUUGAGCACCUUUUGCGAACAUGAUAGCUUUACAAUGGAUCAAAACCUGUGAGUCUAGAUCUGGGAAAACUGGGCUUAAUAAUAUAAAGAUGAGUCUGUGCUACUGAACUCUUGAGACUGUGGUACUGAACUCAUGUACUUUUCCAUAGUAGCCAGCUUUGGUAAAAAUCUUAAGUCUUGCUCAUUAAACAGCCUGUUAACAUGUGGCAUUAGGGAACAAAUGAGCGGUGCACUGCGAAAAUGUGCCUUAUGCAUCAUGGGGUCCUUGCAGUCUGGUCUGUAUAUACCCUGUCUGCUAAUAAUACAAUUAACCCAUUUAUGCCUAGUGGACUCUCCCAUCCUUCUAACUUGGAUCAAUUUAUUUAAAAAAAUAGGGAUAUCUAGUAUAUUUAUUUCAAUAUUUAGAAUAUUACUUCCUAAAAUUCUUUUAAGCAAACAGCGCAGACCCUGAUGAGACGCCGCAUCAUGCGGCGUCUCAUCAGGGUCUACGCUGUUUGCAAAGUCCUUUUUUCUAGACGCUAGGCAUAUAUGGGUUAAACCGUGCGUGACUUAAGAGUGAAAAGCAAAGCAUCUGACCAGACUGCUUUAUAAGGCAGGCUGGUCUUGAUAUAUGAAGGCCGCAUAGGGCAUAAGACCCAUUUUUGCAUGACAAGUUUUAUAUUGUUUAGUUGUUAUUUUUAUCCAUAAUAAUUAGGGCAUAUUGGUUGGUGGAGCUUUGAAAGUGAACAUAAUGUACAUGUACCCUGUAAACUUUUCAUGAUAUGUUAUACAUAUUCAAUGCUUUUUUUUCUGCAAUCAUCAGAUAUAUAAAUAAAAAUCAACAUAUAAUGUAUAAUAAUAUAUAUGCUGUUCUAAUAUUAUACUUGUAUAUUUUUGUAAUUUUAGCAUAAAUUUGUUAUGUUUUAUUAACCAGGUUUUUAACCAGGUUUCCCGAAGGAAUUAACCAGGUUUUCCGAAGGAAAAAACUGGUUAUUAGAUUGGCGAAUGCGGGCGGGCUGGCUGGCUGGCGGGCUGGCUGGCGGGCUGGCGGAACAAGCUUGUCCGGGCUAUAACUAUGUCGUUCAUUGUCAGAUUUUAAAAUCAUUUGGCACAUUUGUUCACCAUCAUUGGACGGUGUGUCGCGCGAAAUAAUUACGUCUAUAUCUCCAAGGUCAAGGUCACACUUUGAGUUCAAAGGUCAAAAAUGGCCAUAAAUGAGCUUGUCCGAGCCAUAACUAUGUCGUUCAUUGUCAGAUUUUAAAAUCAUUUGGCACAUUUGUUCACCAUCAUUGGACGGUGUGUCGCGCGAAAUAAUUAUGUCGAUAUCUCCAAGGUCAAGGUCACACUUUGAGUUCAAAGGUAAAAAAUAGCCAUAAAUGAGCUUGUCUGGGCUAUAACUAUGUCAUUCAUUAUGAUAUUUUAAAAUCAUUUGGCACAUUUGUUCACCAUCAUGGGACGGUGUGUUGCACAAAAGAAUCACGUCAAUAUCUCCAAUGUCAAGGUCGCCACGACUAAAAAUAGAUUUAUUUUAAAACAAACUUACAAAGGGUGUUAAUUUUGUUUGUUCAUUUAAAAAGUUCAGUUUGAGUUGUCUCCCUUUAUCAGAUUUUUUUUCACAAUGAAAACCUGGUUUUGUGACAAUUUUGUCCCUUGUUGUUGUUCUUCUUCUGUUCUGUUAUACUUUGUAAGUUACUUCAUUUGUUGUGUAUGUGCAUAUAUGCGAACUAGUUUUUGCAGCUUUUCGUACUUGCAUCUACCAUGUCUAAUUUGUCUGCUACCAUGAAAUAUUGUGUUUUUUUUACACAGAUGCACAUGUAACUUUAAGGGUGCGAUUUUUCCUCUUUUCAGCUGAUUUUUUCCUUUCAAAAUGUCUUUAAUUGCAUAUGAUGAAUAGUAAGUGUUCUUCAUAUUGCUUGAUCAAUUUAAGAAUGCAGAGUUUUGAUGGUUCCAGUAAAACGGCCAGGGAUAGGGCUCCCACAGGUGGACUGAUGGCACGUAUUCAACAAAUAAUUAUCAAGGCUUAAAUACUAAGAAAGAAGAAUGUUGUUAAAAAUAAAAUAUCCAGUAAUUCCAAGAAUUUUGAGUCAAGCUUGCCGUUAACUACCACUAAUUACAUUUCUGUAUUAAGGACAUUUUUUUUACUGACAUAGCCACUAUUGGUAAGCUAUACAUGUUGAAAGUCAGAAAUGUUUUUAGAUCCAUUUUCUUAUGUGUAAGAAUGGCUUGGAGAAUAUGGACCCUGAACUGUAGGUUUGUGGUAAUCUUUUUAUUGACAUUACAUUAUUAAUGAGAUACUUUUAGUACAACAUGGUAAUUGGGUCAUUAUCAUUGAUCACAACGUAAUCAUUGGGUUGUUAUAUUAACAGCACUCUAUUCUACUAAUGCGGUCAAUUAUAAUGUAUGCUGGUCGAUAAGCAAAUAUGAAAUUUUAACUUUCAAAGGACAAAUAUUAAUGACAGCUAUUUGAAAGUUAAACUUGAUCGAAAGUUGAUGAUGUAAGAUGUUUAAAUUUGCAUUUGUACAUUGAAUAAUGCAUGCAUGUAAAUUAAUGAUGCAUUCAGUAUACCAACUGGUAGUCCUGAUUUAUGUAGAGUACACACUGCUUGUUAUAAAAAUAAUUACAGAGUACAUCAUGCUGUAUACCGGUAGCUAUAUUUGUUCGAUUUAUAGAACUGCAAGCCAUGUUACAUGCAACCUGGUACAUGUUCCUUAAAAUUAAGUAAUGAUAAUAAUCACUUGGGCACAUAUUGUAAAUGAGCAAAUGAACUCUUGCAUUAACUGCUGAUGGUGGCUGUAUGCUUACUCUUACAUGUUUGACUUUGAAAUAAAUGUUUUUUAUUGCAAUAUUGUUAUUAGUGCAAUCUGUAUUAACAUUUUAUUACAGUCUUUCGAGUUAGUGUAAGAACUUUUAUGAUGCUAUGACCUGUCAUGUAGGCAUGCAUAUCUGACCAUUUAUUUUAUGUUAAAAUUUAAUGACAAUUGUUCCUUUUGUAGAGACGUUCAUGCAUAUUAAGAGGUCCGUGUUUGAGUGUAAGGGGGGGGGGGGGGGGGUAUUACAGAAUUAGUUAGCACCAACAUGUGGGCAAGGCUGUCUUAGUAGUUUUGCAUCAAGGGGACAGUGUUGGAACUUCUGUCUUUCAAAUAUUUUAUAUUGGAAAUUGUGAGCAUUAUUGUUAUUAUUUUUUAAUCAGUAGAUAAAUUGCAAUGUAUUUCUUCAAGUAUCAAACAUAUUAUUUGCCACAUGAUUGUGUUGACUUGAUUUCCUCUGGCAUAUUGUCCAUGAUAUUUAUUUGAGUAGCCAGUUUUUCUGCAUUAAUUGGCUUCCGUUAAAACUGAUUUCAUCUGUGCAUUUAUGUGAGCUUUUUGGCUGUAAAUUAUAUAUGAGCCUUGCCUUGGGGAAACAAGGCUUAAUGCUGGUGCCUAGAGUUGUCCAAGAUUAGCCCUUUGCAUGCUGGGAAAUUUGUCGUCUGCUUAAAUGUCGUCUGCUGAUUUUCUAAAAUUAGCAUUUUCUUUGAUUUUUUUUCAAAGAAUACUAUCAGAAUAGCAAACAGUUUGGAUCCUGAUGAGACGCCACGUUCUUAGCAGAAUUCAAGUCUAGGCGGUCAUUGUCUUCCCUGAUUAGCUGGACUGAACAGGCUAAUCUGGGACAACACUGUGCUCGUUUAAGCCCUGUUUUCCCAGAGUAAGGCUCGCAAUGUUCUACAAUGUUCUACAAUGUUCAACAAGAAUUGUUCUAGGAGUGUACAUGUUUCUGUCAAAGCAGUUUACUAUUGAUAGUAAAGUUUGUCCCAUACUUCAAUUUACUGGAGCACUAUACUUAUGUUGUUGAAAUAGCAAUAUGAAUCUUCUUUUUCUGAUGUAUUGUAUUCUAUUUGUAUAAAUUUGAGGCAGAAAAAAAAGUCGAUUCUGACAUGGAUUUUGCUGAACCUUUCAGGUCAAUUGAUUACAUUAAACAUAUUUUUUAAGCACAUGUAUGUUUAAACAGAAAAAGCUGUUCCCAAAUAGUUAGGUAACAGAACUUUGGAGAAAGUGUUUCCAAUUGUUCCUGCUCAUUUAGUUAUACCUGGACAUUUUACCUAUUCAUCUAUGCUAAGUGGACUCUCCCAUCCUUCUAAAUUGGAUAAAUUCAUUUCCAAAAUUAGGGAUGUCUAGUAUAUUUAUUUCUAUAUAUAGAAUAUUUCUUACAUAAAUUACUUUGAGCAAACAGCGCAGACCCUGAUGAGACGUUGCACCAUGCGCCGUCUCAUCAGGGCCUACGCUGUUUGCCAAAGCCUUUUUUUUCUAGACGCCAGACAUAAAUGGGUUAAGUCAACCUGGUUUAUGAACAUGCAAUAUAGACUAUUAAUUUCUGUAGAUGUACAUAUCAAAAAGUUGCAUACUAUGGCAGGGGUUGGUGUAAUUAUAGACCGCUUUCUUAUCAGUCAUAUGUGUUUGGUUAAAAACUCGAACAUACUUACCUUGGAUAUGUAGGUAUUUCAGUAAAAUCCAGGUAAUAUUUACACAGUUUAAGUACAAUGGCACACUGUGUUAUAUAUUUAGAAAAUAUUCAGGCAUUGAUUGCACAUUGCUUGUAUGUGAUUUAAUUGUCUGUUAAUGGUAUCCAACAGGUUUUGAUAUGAAUGUAUAGGGAAAUUAAAUGUUGCUGUAUUUUAAACACCAAUAUUUUUUUUUACAUCAAAUUGUUGUUCAUUUUGAUCAAUUGUCUGAAAUCCAUGUCAAAAUUUGAAAGGAAAUCAGUUAUUAGUUUACUCUGACUUGCGCGUUUUUGUUUAUUAUUUAUUAUACAUUUUUGGUGUAUUGAUAAUUAAAAAUGUAAAAAAAAACAUCAGCAAUUCAUAUCAAUAAUGCUUUGUUCAUAUUGUUUCCUGCUUGUUGCUAUUAUUAUGGAUUGUCGCAUCAUAGGCAAGCCGCCAUAUAAUAUCGUGCACUGUAGACUUCAUGUAGGCAAUUGUGUAUCGGAACAGCGUUGUUGCCUAAUAUAUCUAUAUGGAUUGUAUUUAUUGAUUGAAGGAAACUUGUUUUCAAUUUAUCAAUUGUAAUUAUUGAUUGAUGGUUACAUGUGUACCAUCGUUGGACAGCUAAGCGGAGUAUGUACUACCUAGCGUAUAACUGUUUGAUGGUGUUCAGAUGUAAUAAAAAGGAUCUGUGAUCACAUAUGUUGAUUAAAGAACAAA